AUGUACAUUUCUGGUCCUCCCGGAACGGGGAAAACCGCAUGUCUGUUAGAAGCGCUAAAGCAAUCACGGAAGGAUAAUAACCAGUUUCAGUCGGUUUUUGUAAACUGUAUGAAUAUUCGAUCGUCAUCUGACAUUUACCGUUGUUUAUGGGAGAAGAUCGACACGAAAUCCAAACCCGGUGCAAAAUUAAACGCUGUGACUUUCUGCAACAGGCUUGCUGCUCGCCAUUCUAUGAUUGUUAUUUGUUUGGACGAAGUUGAUCAGCUGUGCGAUCGUCAGUCUGCCGUACUUUAUGCAGCCUUUCGUUGGCCUGAAACCGCCAACGUUAUUCUCAUAGGAAUAGCGAAUGCGUUGGAUCUGGUGGAUAAGCUAUUGCCAAAAUUAAAGCUGACUGCUGAGUUAAAGCCUCAACUUUUGCAUUUUCAACCGUACAAUAAGGAUGAAGUUCUUUGCAUUUUAAGGCAUCGUCUUUCAGAGACUGCGGAAAUAAUUUCCCCUAGCGCUCUGGAACUUUGUGCCAGAAAAGUUUCUGCGGUUACUGGUGACAUCCGAAAGGCCUUGGAGAUUUGCUCUUUGGCAAUCGAUCGAAUUUCAGCGGAAGAAAAGGAAGCGAACAGGACUCCACAAGUAACUUGCAUGGCCUUACCUGGCGUACGCAACACCCGAAAUUACGGUUACAAGUGGGCCCAAGUAAAACAAGUCGUGUACACGUGCGUCACGAUUAACGAUCCAGAUUCAGAGGCCGCAGAACAGUUGAAUCAUUUUAACCUUUUGUGA